CCGGAGCCCUCGCCGCUGUCCUGUGAUGAUGCAUUGAGGAUGGUGGAGGGAACAGACGCCCCUUUGAGGAACAUUUCGACAGGAAACCGGGACAGCAAGUACCUCUCUUUCCCCUGGGUGGUGACUUUACUCUCCAGUGUUCUCAUCACUACGAUUAUAGUAGAUGUUCUGGGCAACCUGUUGGUCAUUGUAUCGGUCUUCAGAAACAGAAAGCUCAGGAAGGCAGGUAAUGCCUUUGUGGUGAGUUUGGCAGUAGCAGAUCUGGUCGUGGCCAUCUACCCCUACCCGCUCGUCCUGACCGCCAUCUUCCAUGACCGCUGGAUCGCCGGUGAUAUUCACUGUCAGAUCAGCGGCUUCCUCAUGGGGCUCAGUGUAAUUGGCUCUAUUUUCAACAUCACAGGCAUCGCCAUCAACCGCUACUGUUACAUCUGCCACAGCCUUAAGUACGACAAGCUCUUCUCCAACAAGAACACAGUAUGCUACGUGGUCCUGGUCUGGGCGCUGACUAUCCUGGCGAUCGUUCCAAAUUGGUUUGUGGAGUCUCUGCAGUACGACCCACGCAUCUACUCGUGCACCUUCGCCCAAUCGGUGAGCUCGCUCUACACCAUCAUGGUGGUGGUGGUGCACUUCAUUCUGCCCAUCGGCAUAGUCACGUACUGCUACCUGCGCAUCUGGAUCCUCGUCAUACAGGUGCGCAAACGGGUCAAGCCCGACAGUCGGCCCAAGAUCAAGCCUCAUGACUUCCGGAACUUUCUCACCAUGUUCGUGGUGUUUGUGUUGUUCGCCGUCUGCUGGGCUCCGCUGAACUUCAUAGGCCUGGCGGUGGCGAUCCACCCCAGACUGGGUCAAGCCAUACCCGAGUGGCUCUUCACAGCCAGCUACUUCAUGGCGUACUUCAACAGCUGCCUCAAUGGCGUUAUAUAUGGAGUGCUAAACCACAACUUUCGAAAAGAGUAUAAAAGGAUUAUACUUGCUAUUUUCAAGUUUAAUUGUUGA